UUCAAUUCCACAAUUUUACCCGUGCAUAUAGAUUAUAUAGUAUUUUAUAAUCAAAUGAACUGAAGAAAUCUUUCCUUGUUCUUUCAAGUUUUAUUUAUCAAUUUUGCAUUGAAGACAAUUUUCUCAAAUUAAUUUAUAAUGACAUUGCUGAAAUUUUCUUUUGCGUGUUAGUGCAGUACCAAUAACAUUGACAUUAAAAUUUCCCAUUGGAGAUGAGUGUACUUGCUGAGAUAAACUUUCAGCUGAUUAAUGUUUACAUAUUUUUAAUAAUUUUGUGAAUUGAGAAUUAUUGAAUUUGUAUGAUAUGUAUUCCUUCGAGGGUGACUUCAGGCGAAAACCACAGCAAAACUUAGCAGGCGCAAGUGCACAGCGUAAAACUGACAGAAAUGCAUUAAUUCUACAGUCACAACAACAAAGACAGAAACGAGAGGAACAUAGAAAACGUCUGAUUAGCACAAUUAAAAUUCAGGCAUAUGUGAGGAGUUUUCUAAUACGAAAACAGUGUAAGCAAAAUCAAAGAGAAGAAUUUGAUAGCACGUUUUUGAAAGCAAAUCCUGAUGAUCAAACACUUAUUGCAUCCCUUAUUGCUAAAGUGUUAUUUUUCUAUGAUGAUAAACAGGACAGUCAGAGAUUGAUUUCUAUAUCACAAUUAUUAUUAAAGCAAUGGAAAAAGAUAUUGCAAAGUGAUAGCUCGUGUAUACAAGUUAGAAGGCUACUUGCCUUGCAUUUACGUCUGUUGAACACCAAUGUAGAGGUAGCUCUUGCGGUGCCUCUUAGGAUGUUUGAAGUGUUUACUUCAGUGAGCUAUGCAGAAUCUUCAAUGAACUGUGAUGAAUCACUAAGUUUUGUCGGAAAUACAUUUUUAUAUCUUAUCAGAAGAGGCUACUUUAGGGAUUUGCAUCAGCUAAUUUGCCAGAAAACACCACCACUUUACGGACCAUCUCCAAAUCCACCUACUCCCUUAAGUGGAGCUCUAUUAGAUCUGAUACAAAGGCCUCUCAACUUGACCAUGCGUAUUAAUAUGCCCGAAUACAGUGACGUUGUAAUGUCAGAGUUUGCUUCAGCAUUCUUAUGUAAUCCUUACCCGGAGCCUGUAGAAAUGUAUAUAAUACCAUCACUGGCAAAUGAUCUGAACAAGAAAUUUCCAUUUCUAUCGCUCAUACAAUGUCUAAGGGACGACAGCAAGUUCCAAAAUCGGACAGUUGUGAAUGAUUCGUGGCUGUUGCAUUCUGUGCUGUCGUUGGAGCCUCCUGACUUAGUAAAUGAUAUACGUAAAUUAAACAACACAAGACUGCCAAGUAAUUCUAUUAUAUUAGAUUAUCUUAAAGUAAUAGCCAAGUUAACAGUAAAUGUGUGUAAUAAACAAAUAACUUACGAGUAUGAAGACUCAUUGUACAGUCAGGAUGCUGCAACAGAGAAAGACGAUGACAGCGAUAGUGAUACGGAACCAAAUCCAACCUCAGUGAGAGAACAAGUGUUGCUCGCCCGCUGUAUAGAGCUGUUAAAUGAACCAGACCGAUGUGUGAUGGUCACAUGUGCCCAGAUAACGGACAGUGAUCUGAGUGACGAAUUCCUAGACAGCAUGUCACAGAUUUGUCACAAUCUGUUGUUAAGUCACAGGAUGGCGUUACAUAAAUACAGGGUACUGUACACGCUGGCGUUCAAGCCGACGUUCCUGCGCGAGCUAUGGCGCUGGCUGAGCGGGCUGAGCCACGAGUCGUGGUACGGGGGCCCGGCCACCCCGCUGCUGGCGGCGCUGGCGCACGGACUGGCGGCGCUGGGCCCGCAGCCCCCCGCCGCGCCCUCCCCGCCGCCCGCCGCCCCCGCCGCCCCCUCCGCCGCCACCUCCGCCGCGCCCCCCGGGCCCCCCUCCGCCGGCGUGCACCGCCUACUCGCGCCGCUCGCUGUCUUCUGUGCGCUCUUCUCGCUGCUCAUCGGGACGUUGCACGAUACCGAGUUCUGCAGGGACCCCGACGACGACAAAAUGUUGACGACGCCGUCGACGUCAUCGGGCGGCGUAGAGAGCGCAGAGGACGCGGGCACGAGCGGGAGCGGGAGUGGAGGCGGAGGCGGAGGCGGAGGCGGGCGCGUGCACGCGUUCUCGUUCUCGGAGCUGGGCACGCUGUGCCGCACGCUGCGCCAUGUGUGCCUGGGGCUGGUGGAGCUCGCUUGCCCCGACUCCCGGCUCGCCUCCCGACCGCCUCCCGCCCCCCAUACUCCAGCCUGGUCACAUCUCUUCAAGGUGUGCACGCACCUGCUGCGGGCGCUGUACGCACGCGACGCGCGGCUUCAGUUCUGCGGCGCGGAGGUGUGGGGCGCGGGGGGCGCGGGGGGCGCUGGGGGCGCGGGGGGCGCGGAGGGCGCGGCGGCGGUGCUGGCGGCGGCGGCGCCGCUGUCGCGCCCCUCCAUACGUCACCUGCGCCGCGCGCCCCCGCCGGCCUCCACAGCACUCGCACUCUCGCAAGAGGAGGGUCCACCUUUAACUAUUAAGGAAUUAAGGACUGUUACAAUUUUACGUGAGAUACCAUUUGUGGUGCCAUUUUCUACGAGGGUCUUAAUAUUUCAAGGACUCUUAAUUAGAGAAAAGCACGAUCAUUGGUACGAAUUGAACAAUUUCAAUGAAGGGCCUUCCAUUAAUAUCAGCGUACGUCGCACACAUUUGUAUGAGGAUGCCUUCGAUAAGCUCAGCCCCAGUAAUGAACCUGAUAUGAAGCUAAGACUUCGUGUGCAGUUGAUAAAUCAAGUUGGCGCAGAAGAGGCAGGUGUUGAUGGCGGUGGUCUCUUCAGGGAAUUUCUCUCAGAACUUCUCAAGUCUGCAUUUGACCCAAACAGGGGUCUGUUUCGACUAACAAACGAUAACAUGCUGUAUCCAAACCCUGGCGUGCAUUUACUGUAUGACGACUUCACGAUGCAUUAUUAUUUCGUUGGAAGAAUGCUGGGAAAGGCGCUGUAUGAAAAUUUACUAGUGGAAUUGCCCCUGGCGGAGUUUUUCCUUAGCAAGCUGUGCUCCCGUCGAGAGCCUGACGUUCACGCGCUGGCAUCACUGGACCCCGCACUAUACCGAGGUUUGCUUCAGCUCAAGUCGCACCAACGCCGCGAAGUGGCUGAACUGGGACUCGACUUCACUGUCGUCAGCAACGAGCUCGGCGAGCAGCGGAUAGAGGAAUUGAAACCGGGUGGAGCCAAUAUUCCUGUCACAGCUGAAAAUAGAAUAGAAUAUAUUCACUUAAUCGCUGAUUAUAAAUUAAACAGGCAAAUCCGGGCGCAAUGUGUAGCGUUCAAGCGUGGACUGACUUCCGUGGUGAACGGGGAGUGGCUGCGCAUGUUCUCGUGCGGGGAGCUGCAGCUGUUGAUCUCCGGCGCAGAGGUGCCCAUAGACCUGGACGAUCUGCGUUCACACACGCUCUAUACAGGUGGAUUCUCGGCGGCUCAUCCCACCGUCCGGUGUUUCUGGAACGUGAUGGAGAACUUCACCGAUGAUCAAAGGCGACAGUUGUUAAAGUUCGUGACCAGUUGCUCCAGGCCGCCUCUAUUAGGUUUCAAGGAUCUGCAACCACCGUUCUGCAUUCAGUCUGCGGGCGCAUCAGACCGACUACCAUCAUCUUCCACUUGUAUGAACCUUCUCAAGUUGCCAGAGAUACAAUCUGAUGAUUUACUCUCCGAAAAGCUGCUCUAUGCCAUACAGGCAGGAGCCGGUUUUGAACUUAGCUAAGAAUUGACAUAUACGUAACCCGAAAAUGUACUGAGUAGAACUUGUGGAAAUUAAUUAUUCAAUAUUAUAUCGCAUUUCUUUUUGUGACUAUUACUUAAUGUAAGUUGUGAUAUGUAAACGUUAAUAAGUAGCACAUCGUUGUAACAAAACACACUUAAUUGUAAAAUAUUCGUCCCUAAGUCUGUGACUGGUAUGAUAUAUUUAUUUCUUCUACUUAAAUGUAUAGCCACAUUGUUAUUUAUCUACAGGGUUAGUCCUAAAAGGUAUAUUAAGGCGAAAACCAGGUACUAAUACUCACGAUACUUAUUUUUUAAGUGGUAGAACAUGCUGUAUUACUACACAUCGUUGUGCAGCUCCGAAGAGAAUCGAGAGUCGGGAAUUACUACAACUAUUGUGUUACACAUGUGUCGAGGUUCUAGAUGCCAAUUCUCCUUCCUCCUUCUUCCAAUCCUUUUCCUAAUUCCUUUUCAUACCCUAUUCUAAAAUUCUUAUUCUAUACUCUGUUUACAUAAAGUAUUUAGAAAUGUGGAAAAUUAUUUUCACUUUUCGACAUUUCUUGUUGGAAAAAGUUCAGCUUUACGAAUAACAAUAAUAGCGAACCGUCCCGGCUUCGCACGGAUGCAUUUAAAAUCUUUAAAUUUCUUAGCUUGUUCUAUAUAAUAUAACGCGCCUGUUUUUAUAGAUAUAAAAGUUCAUGAAUCAGUCUAUCUAUCUAAUCUAUCUAAAAACUGGAUUAAAAUCAGUUGCGUAAUUUAAAAGACAUAAACGAACAGACAGCGGCGGCGACUUUGUUUUAUACUAUGUAAAGAUACUACUGGCUUUCAUUUGGUAUACCAUAUACCCUCUAUCACUAACCCUGUAUACUUUACGGGAUGUGGUUACAGUUCUAGUGUUAGUAGUGUUAUAAUAUGUAUAUAAAUUUAGAGAAAUAUUACGAUUUAUGUAUAACAUAUUAUGUAGAUAGGUAUGUGGGAUGUAUAAAUAUAACUUUAUAUUUUUUCGUUUGACGAACUUUGUGAACUUGUUCAAGAGGUCCUCCGUACUAUGAAACUGGCGUUUCCAUCUGUUCUUUUUUUCAGUUAUUAUUUUAUUCUUAUUAUAUAAAACUGAAACUGAUUCCGCACAUUAUAAUAGUAGUGACUUGCAUCUUUACCCGCGUAAAUUUAAUAUAAUGUAUCUUAUGAAUACUUUGUUAGAUAAAAUAUUACCGACUUUAAACAUUGUCUAAAGUCGUCAAGUCGUCAAGGAGCUUGCUUUGCAAGUUGUCUUUGUUUGAAGUGUAUGGCAGUGAAAUUAAAGGGUAAGGAUAAGACCUUAGUUGUCCGGAUACAACAUAUAAGGGCUACCACAAUCGUCAUACGAUGACUUCAUGUUAAGGUACUGUUUAUGUACUACUCUUUACAAAAUUUAAGUUUUUAAUUUUUAACAUAUAAUUAUAUGUACAUAUAUUAGCGACGAUUUCCACUUACCAUUAGGUAACCUAUCAGCUUAUUUACCAUUCCUGUCAUAUUUAUAAAUAAAAAAUCAAGUAACUUUUUAUUCUGAUUAACGCCUCGGUGGUCUAGCGGUUUAGCACACCGUUGUACUUUUGAUGGUCACCGGUUCGAUUCCCCGCACAGUAAAAACAUUUGUAUUCAUGAGUAUGAUUGUUUGUCUAUGUAUAUUGAGUGUAGAUUUACAUAAAAAUAUGUAUUUAUAUCAGUUGUCUAGUACCCAUAACAGAAGCUCUGGUCUAGAUAGCGCUGUGUGAGUUACCUUGAGAUAUUAUUAUUUAUGCGGAUGAAGCUCGGCGUCACAGUUUUACUAUUAUAAUGGUGUUAUAUGUUCUUAUCUUACAUAUACAAUUCUUCAUUCAAUUUUAACAUAUUAGAUGAAAAAUCGUAUCGAUUUUUAGUAAAGAGGAGGUUUAAAUGAUGAAUUAUGUCUCAAAAUCGUUUCCCGAAGUAUGGCGCGGGCUAUCGUGCUGUAGAACAGCGAUUUUAUAUUUUAGUACUUAAUAAAGUUGUCGAUCCUG